AGUUGAGCCACGACUCGCUACGCUCUGCCAGUCGAGCAUACGCGUUUCAACCUACAUCGGGUGUAUGAGGCGUUAUUCACGACGGUGUUGAUUCUCUUGGAUUCUGUGCAAGAAGGUCACUCGAUCGACAGUGCUCAGAACAGUCACAUUAACGCGGCAAGAUGGGAUUCAAAUUUCUUGAAGUGAUAAAACCGUUUUGUAGCAUACUGCCGGAAAUAGCGAAACCGCAACGAAAGAUUCAGUUCAGAGAAAAAGUACUAUGGACAGCAAUCACGUUGUUCAUCUUCUUAGUAUGUUGCCAGAUUCCAUUAUUUGGAAUCAUGUCUUCGGACAGUGCGGAUCCGUUCUAUUGGAUUCGUGUAAUACUCGCAUCGAACAGAGGAACAUUGAUGGAGUUGGGUAUCUCGCCAAUUGUUACUUCUGGUCUUAUCAUGCAGCUGCUGCAUGGGGCUAAGAUAAUCGAAGUCGGUGAUACGCCAAAAGACAGAGCAUUAUUUAAUGGUGCACAGAAAUUGUUUGGUAUGGUUAUCACUGUUGGACAAGCCAUUGUUUAUGUAAUGACCGGUAUGUACGGAGAUCCAACUGAAAUUGGAGCUGGAGUUUGUCUCCUGAUUAUUAUUCAGCUGUUUGUUGCUGGUCUUAUCGUAUUGCUGUUGGACGAGCUUCUUCAGAAAGGAUAUGGAUUGGGAAGUGGCAUAUCUCUCUUUAUUGCCACCAAUAUUUGCGAAACUAUUGUUUGGAAAGCAUUCUCACCAGCCACAGUUAACACUGGUCGUGGUACAGAAUUUGAAGGAGCAGUGAUCGCUCUGUUCCAUCUGCUGGCUACUAGACAGGAUAAAGUCCGUGCUCUUCGAGAAGCAUUCUACAGACAAAAUCUUCCAAAUUUGAUGAAUCUUCUCGCUACCAUUCUAGUGUUUGCUAUCGUUAUUUACUUCCAGGGCUUCCGCGUAGAUCUUCCGAUUAAGUCUGCGAGAUAUCGCGGCCAAUACAGCAGCUAUCCGAUCAAACUGUUUUACACCAGCAAUAUUCCGAUUAUCUUGCAAUCGGCUCUUGUGUCCAAUUUAUACGUCAUUUCCCAGAUGUUGGCAGUCAAGUUCCAAGGAAAUCUCAUAGUGAAUUUACUGGGCGUUUGGUCAGAUAUCGGUGGCGGGGGUCCUGCCAGAUCAUAUCCAGUCGGGGGAUUGUGUUAUUAUUUAUCACCUCCGGAAUCAGUUGGCCAUAUUGUUCAAGAUCCUGUACACGCUGUACUCUACAUUCUUUUCAUGCUUGGCUCAUGCGCCUUCUUCUCCAAGACGUGGAUCGAGGUGUCGGGAAGUUCGGCGAAGGAUGUUGCUAAACAACUGAGAGAACAACAGAUGGUUAUGCGAGGCCACAGAGAUAACUCUAUGAUCCGCGAAUUGAAUCGGUAUAUCCCGACCGCCGCGGCAUUCGGUGGACUAUGUAUCGGCGCCCUGUCUGUGUUGGCAGACUUUUUAGGUGCAAUCGGUUCCGGUACUGGUAUUCUGCUCGCUGUCACAAUUAUAUAUCAAUACUUCGAGAUCUUCGUCAAGGAACAAAGUGAAAUGGGUGGCAUGAGCACGUUACUCUUCUAAACUUAAUAUAUCUAUAGACUUGAAAAGUGAAGUUUUUUAAUUCUGAAGAACUGAGUAAUAAUUUAUUAUAAAAUAAGUCGGACUGGCAGUUGCGUGUGUGUGUUUGUCAAAAUGACAAACGGGAUAAAAGGCACGCAGCUGAAGAUUUUCCGCGUUAUAUACCAAGUCGCGCAUAUUUAACUUAUACCGUCGGUAUAUUAUUGUUACUCUGCGCGAAAGAUAACAGCAUCCGUGAUACUUUUUCAAAAAAGAAAAUGAAAGGCUCAAAUAUCGAUGGUAAGUUAAAUAUGUGCGAUUUUUAUAUAUAUGUGUGUACGUGUGUGUAUGUAUAUGUAUAUAUAUAUGUAUGUACAUAUAUAUAUAUAUAUUUUGUUUUAACAUUUAUAAAAGCUAAUUGUCUCUUCUAAGUACAUAUAUAUAUAUUUCACACACACACUCAUACACACGAAAGCUAGAGAGAAUAAACUUUUAUAAAUAUUAAAACAUUUUUUUUCGUCUUCCUUGGUUCAUUUUUUCCCCCGAAGGCUUCAUCACAUUUUGUUACUGUACUAUACAUAAUCUCAUCUCAAAAUCAUUGAGUGAUACUGCAAGAGUCUUAGAACAAAUUUCUAUAUCCAUAAGCAGAAAACAGUUAGUUGAGAAUUAUAAUUAUUCAUUAUAUCAUUAUUAAGAAUCCAUGCGUAUGUAAUAUGUUACAUAUUUCAAGCAAAAUAAUUGUAUACAAGGAAACUCGAGUAAAGAUCAUUCCUAUUUUA